AUGGAGCCGACCAGAUCGAGCUGCCCCCCUUUUCUCCUCUCCCUCCCACCAUUCAUCAGUCCCCUCCCGAACCGCAUUCCGAUCGACGACCUCAUCUACCUCGAGAAACAGGGUGCGCUCACCAUCCCCGAGCCGGCGCUCUCGCCAUGCCUUGCUGCACAGCUACGUGGAAAACGUCCACGCGCACCUGCCCCUGCUGGAUCUGCAGGACUUGAUUCCGCCCGUGAUCGCCAACAACAACGGUGCAUGCGGAUUGGGAUUGGGGAAACAGAUCAGUUUACUUCUUUUUCAGACGGUUAUGUUUGCUGGGUCGACUUGUUGUAUAUUCUCGACUGUGAAACGGAUCGGGUUGCCCAGCUGCAGGCGGUGCUGCUGUUCACGUAUUGGUCCGGAGAGCGGAACGAUGCCCUCCGGGACAAUUGGCACUGGAUGAAUAUCAGCUUGUCCAUGGCCCAGGCUCUCGGUCUGCAUCGACAGACGGCUGGGGAUAGUGAUGGUGCCCCUCGAUGUCAUGCAAACAGAAGGAAAAGGGGAUUGGAAAGACGUCUGUGGUGGUCCUGUUACAUCCGAGACAAGCUGAUUGCUCUGACCAUGCGGCGGCCCUUUCUGAUCGACGGGGCUGAUUGCGAUGUCCCGAUGCUCGUGCUGGAGGACUUCGAAACCGACAUCGCGCAACCGACGGUGGCCAGCAUGCUGCGACGAUAUCCGGCUGUCGCAGAUACCUUCCGCCGCACGGAGCUGGCGGUAAUCUGCAUCGAGCGGGCCAAAUUGUGUCUGGCGGUCGGCAAGGUUCUGUCGACACAGUAUACGGUCGAAGUCCGUGCUUGCACGCCAGACGACCCCGAACCAAGGACCUAUGUGGCCCCCAAGAAGAAGCGGGCUUCUCCAACGCGGCAAGACGUGAUGGACUGUGUCUCCGUGUUGGACGCCUGGAACAGGAAUCUGCCCGAAGCGGCCCGGUAUUGGGACGAUCCCUCGCAUCCACUCUUCUCGAUGCGGGAGGUGACCAAGAUCCAUCGAGCGACACUCCGAAUGAUCUAUCUCGCGACGUUGAGCGCCCUCUUUCGGCCGCUCGUGUCUUCGCCACUGUCUUCCCGGGCGGAAUUUGCGUCCAUGGCCUAUUUAGCCCAGUCUCGAUCCCGAGAGACCGCGUUCGAGACUGUCAAGUUAUCUGAGGACCUCAAAUGUCGGGGCCUAGUUCCGCUUCUGCCGCCGGUCGGCGUCACGGCUCUGGUGCCGACUGCGUAUACUCUGUUACUUGAUGUCGGAUCGGAGGACGUCCAGCGACGCAACUCCGCGUGGGAACAGUUGCAGCGGUGUCUCGAGACGUUGAGUGUCCUGCGAGAUCUCUACGCCACCGCUGAGCUGGCAACGACGUUCCUUCGAGAUAUCAUUGCGAAGGUGGGGAGGGCCACUCUGGUGCCGGCGCAGGCACAGUUGCAAGCGCAGAUUGUCGACCGCGAUGGGGUGGAUACCGAUAUAAUACGAUAA